UACAUUCAGUAAGCAGCUAUCUCCUCUGAACAGAUAUGGAUAUGGACAGGGAAAGGGCAGAGUCAUGAGCUAAUCAUUCUCAGUGGUUCAGCCCUGCAUGGGCCAAUCAUAAUCGCCCUGAUUAUAUAAAAACACAGCAGGUCUGAGGUUUUUCUCUGUGAAGAACACUCACAUCUCCAACGGAACUUCAACAUGGCACUGAGAGUCAAUAUAAUGGACAUUCAGACCACGGGAGCUGGGCCAAGGACUUCAGCACAACUCUGGAACAGUCAAAAGACAGGGGUCCCAGCGUCCCACGCUCUGGCUGAAGAAGACGCAGACAGGAUGAAGAAUUUUAAAAACUCUAUCUUCAACGUCGCGAAGAAUAAGGGGAUUGAUCCGGCCGUCAUCGCUGCCAUCAUCUCCCGAGAGACCAGAGCAGGAAACGUCUUACCAUCAAGCGGCUGGAACGAGGGAGGGGUCGCGUUUGGGAUCAUGCAGGUCGCUAGAUGUAACAGCCCAAAAGGUGGAAAGGACAGUGAAGAGCACAUCACUCAGGCUGCUGGUAUCCUUAUAGACUUCAUUAACAGCAUGAACAAGUCAUGGCCUCCUGCACUCCAGUAUAAAGGCGGGAUCGCGGCGUAUAACUGCGGCCCGGGAGCCGUCACCUCUCAGGACAUGGAUCAGAACACAGAAGGAGGCGACUACGCGAACGAUGUUGUGGCCCGAGCUCAGUGGUACAAACACCACGGUUAUUAAUCAGAGCGGUCGUCCUUUCCUGCAUCGUCCUGCUCAUCUUCCAUGUUUACUUUGAAAUGGGAUGCAACACAAUUUCAACUGAAUAAACCAACUUGAGAAAAUGUGA